AUGGCAUCCCUCAACUUCAUUCUGGUGUUAUUGGUUAAGGUUGUUUUAAUUUAUGCAGAGAUAGACGACGAUAGUAAUGAAACUGAAAUCAUAAAUAGUUCGCCCGAACUUGAUGAUGAAGUUAUCAAAGACUUCAAAGAAGCGAAAGAGAAUUGGAUCGAUACUUUCUUAGAACCAGACACAAUUCUUUUCCCCUCAUCGUCAACCGUAUCAAUGGAACAAGUAUUAAAAUCAGAUAAAUCACCAGAAGAACAAUUAGAAGAAAUCAAAGAAAUAGCUACAACAAUAACACAAGCAAUUCAAAGUGAAAUGGCCAACCUUCUUAGUUAUGCUCUAAGCAUAGCCGAUAAAGACACUGAAGAAAACAAUCAGAGGAAAAAAAGAUCUAUUGAUUCUCCAAUGGAUAGUACUAAGCUUGUGUGGAGACUUUUGAAUCAUAUCAAAUGUAAUAAUGAAUAUCAGAAUAUCGCUAUUGAAAAAAUGAUGUCAGCUCAAGAGAUUGCUGACAAAUAUGGAAUAGAAUUUAGUCCUGAUACAGAGAUUUUAUCAGAAUUAGCUGUGGCAGCUAAUGAGCAAGCAAAAGAACUUACAUCUAUUUUAAAGGAUGCUUGCGAUUUAAAGAAUGUUACUCAAAAAGACUUAGUUCUUAAUGAAAACAAAGAACAUUGUAUACAAAUCGAAAACCCUGAAAAUACGACUUAUCCCAUUUAUUCUCAUAGCCUGUUUGAACAAGACGCAAAGACUAAUAACACAGCAGCUCAUAUUGAUGAACACUUGCCAACUCAUGCAGAAUUUCAUCACGUCCAUUACGCUGAUCCGUACGCUACCUACAGUUAUUACUUUAAUCAUCCUCACGAAACACAAAUCCCAUCACCGCCAACAAAGGAUCAAUACUACAACUCUCCAGUUACUCCAAAACAAACUUUCUACGACGCAGUAUCUUACAAUCCAACAUCUGAAUAUUAUGGAACUUAUUGUUCUCUAGAACCCCAAUCAUCAACAUAUGUAAUUCCCAUUGAUAGUUUUAUGGAACCCGAACCAGAUUUAGUAGGUGAAGAGUUUGAAGAAAUCAUUUCUUCUAAAAUUUACGUUGACCACGAGGAACAACCUGGUGUAGCAACUGUCAACCAUGUAAUGACUUAUACAAUUUCUGAGAAGGCUCAUUACAGAACACCUCAAAUUGAAAGUCUGCCUCAACAAAUGCAGUACUACUUUUAUUUAAUGUAG